CCGCCAUCUCAGUAUCCUGCCGAGGUUAUGGACAUCACGGCAGAAGUCCAGAGGUCACGACCCCAAUGUUCUGGGCAGGUGAAUUCUGAACGCAAAGAUUCACAGCCUCGCGUCCAUAGAGGACACGGGGAUGGGUCGGAACCCCGAAGCCGUGGGCAGGUGGAGACGGGACCCAGAGGGCCACAGCCUCGCGACGAGGCGGAGCUCCCACAGCGAGGCGAGUGUCCCGUGUGCUACCAUCACUACGACAACGCGUUCCGCACGCCCAAGCUGCUGGCGUGCGGCCACACGUUCUGCGUGGCGUGCCUGGCGCGGGUGGUCGGCCCGCGCCCACUGCCACGCCCGGCCUCCCUCUGCUGCCCGCUGUGUCGCUGCCCGAGCCGCCUGCCGCCCCGCGGUGCCCCGGGGCUGCCCCCCGACCCCGUGGAGCUCGGGCGCCUGCCCCCCACGAGGCGCCGCCCGCGACGCCUCCAGCUCAGACGGGGCCGUCUCUGGUGCCGGCGGAGGAGACCUCGCGGCGGCGGUGGUGGUGCGUUCAGCAUGGCCCUCCUAUCCGACCCGGCUCCCGCACCCCGCCGGAGCGGCGACGUGGCCGCGGCCACGGGCGACGGCCCCAGGGUGGAGCCGCCAGUCGCCUCGCUCCACGUGGGGGCCACGCGCGAUGGCCCCACGGUGGAGCCGCCAGUCGCCUCGCUCCACGUGGGGGCCACGCGCGACGGGCCCACGGUGGAGCCGCCAGUCGCCUCGCUCCACCGAAAGAUCCUGGCGUUGGUGCUGCAGGAGGUGGUAGAGGUGGUGGUGGUGGUGGCGGUGGGGUGA